AUGGGUCAAUACGGUGUAAUUCUCGAUGCUGGCUCUUCGGGCACCCGCGUGUACAUCUACAAAUGGAAAGAUCCCAGCAAGGCCCUCAAGCACGCUUCUGCCUCCGAUGCCCACGUACUACCAAAGCUGAAGCUCCACAAGAGCAAGAAAAUCCAUCCGGGAGUCUCUACUUUCGCUGAGAACGUCUCUGCUGUCGGGCCCGAUCACUUGAAAGCGCUAAUCGACACCGCACUCGACGAGAUACCAGCAUCCCAGGUCGCCCAGACUCCCGUCUUCCUCCUGGCAACCGCUGGCGUUCGAUUCCUGCCCAAACACCAGCAAACUGCGUUGCUACAAGGCAUCUGCACAUAUCUACAGGCCAACACGCAGUUUCUACUCCCCGAUUGUGCGAGCCAUAUUCAGGUCAUCUCGGGCGAGACCGAGGGCUUGUACGGUUGGAUCGCUGCCAACUACCUCCUUGGCGGCUUCGAUAACCCCGAUGAACAUGCGCAUGGAAAAGGCCACCAUACCUAUGGCUUCUUAGACAUGGGCGGUGCGUCGGCACAGAUUGCCUUUGCGCCAAACGCAACCGAGACGGCAAAGCACGCGAACGACCUUAAGUUGGUUCGACUGCGACGGCUAGAUGGCUCUCCAAUGGAGUACAAGGUGUUUACGGCUACGUGGCUCGGUUUUGGGGCCAACAAGGCACGGGAACGAUUCGUCGACAGCUUACAAGAGCAAUACGGCAAAGCGAAAGGCGACAUUCCGGAUCCCUGCCUGCCGAAAGGCUUGCGAACCUCUAUCAAGGGUGAUCCUCUUGGCAGCAAGCAAUCAUCCGAUGUUGCGCUGGUUGGAACUGGCAUGUUUGAAGAAUGUCUGCGUAAAACCUACCCCUUGUUGGGUAAAGAUGUCCCAUGCGAGGACGACCCAUGUUUGCUCAACGGCCAGCAUGUGCCCGCCAUUGAUUUUGAUGUUAACCACUUCAUCGGCGUCUCUGAGUACUGGCACACAACACAUGGCGUCUUUGGUCAAGAGAGCAAAGUCUACGACUUGAUCGCAUACGAGCAGGAGGUUAAUGCAUUCUGCAGCCAGGACUGGUCAGUAAUUGAGAAUGGGCUUGACAAGAGAAAGAAGACGAUGGAAGAGAAGGCAGAGAAUGCCAGGGAAGCCUGUUUCAAAGCAUCAUGGUUGAUCAACGUGCUAUACGAGGGCAUUGGCAUCCCGCGGAUCAGCCUUGGUGACAUUCCCGGCACAAAAGUCAACAAAACUAAAGGGGCUGUGGAAAAGGCGAAAGAUAAGGGGUUUUUAGAUCCCUUCCAGCCCAUUGACACGAUUGGGGGCGUUGAGGUCAGCUGGACCCUGGGCAAAAUGGUUCUCUACGCCGCCGGACAGAUCCCCCCAAAAGACUCAGCACUUCCCGUUGGAUUUGGAAGCAAUACAGGAUCAGAGAUGCCCUCCGACUUUGAACUUGCCGGGUCCAAGCCCUUGUUUCCAGGCUCUCAUGACCAUGACGACGACGAUGACGACGACGAUGACGACGACGAUGUUCUUACAAGUCGGUCUUCGCCUGUCUCUAGUUUGUUAGUGCUAAUGUUGGUUCUUCUUUUUAUUGGCUAUCUCCUAAAGAAAACAGAAUGGGGGCCAAGAGUGAUGGGCAAGUUCCGCCGUUUCCGGAAGGCCAGGAGCUCGUCCUUUGUGAGGAAGCUUUUUGGCAGAAACCCAACCAGUUAUGAACGGAUACUAGAGGAAGGCGAUGCUGCUGAGUUUGAACUUGGAGGCACAGAAUCCGACGAAACCGACGGCUCGGACGGUGGGGAAACAUCAAGAUCUGCUAGAAGUCAUCGCCUGUCGGCAUCAAAAUUGAGCCUUGAGAGAUUCGACGGCAUGCGGCCUCCGUCGGUAAUGGACAGGCAUGGGCUCGUUGUGCGGACGGAAAGCUGUGAACGGCUUGCACCGACUCUUCAAAUGCUGAACGCUGGCCGUCGCAGCAGAGCCGGAAGUCCGACGCGGUUGAAGAAUUCUAUAGUGAUGCCGCAGGACAGCUAG